UUGUACAUUUUAUAUUUUUACAAGCGGACUUUUAUUUUGACGGGAAAGUCACGGAUCUGUUCCUCCCGCAGCGCCGGAGGAAGAGCAGGAUCAGAAGAAAUUAAAAUAUUCUCCUGAAAUUCAUCACCAACAACCAGGAUAUUUAACUAAGAGGAAUGUUAAACUGCUGAAAGAGGUGAAGCAGAAGCCUUCCAGAAGAAUCUCCAGAACACGCAGAAAUUGCUUGCUACAUUUCCGACAUGGAGAAACAUCAGCACUCUGUCAAGAGUUUUACUAAACAGAGUGAUCUCAAAAAUCACCAGCGCAUUCACACAGGAGAGAAAUCAUAUCACUGCUCAGACUGUGGGAAGAGUUUUACUACACCGAGUGCUCUCAAAACACACCAGCGCAUUCACUCAGGAGAGAAACCAUAUUACUGCUCAGACUGUGGGAAGAGUUUUACUCAACAGAGUACUCUCCAAAUACACCAGCGCAUUCACACAGGAGAGAAACCAUAUUACUGCUCAGACUGUGGGAAGAGUUUUACUACACAGAGUAAUCUCAAAACACACCAGCGCAUUCACACAGGAGAGAAACCGUAUCACUGCUCAGACUGUGGGAAGAGUUUUAGUCGACAGAGUAAUCUCAAAAAUCACCAGCGCAUUCACACAGGAGAGAAACCGUAUUACUGCUCAGACUGUGGGAAAAGUUUUACUGAACAGAGUACUCUCAAAAUACACCAGCGCAUUCACACAGGAGUAAAACCAUAUUACUGCUUAGAGUGUGAGAAGUGUUUUUCUACAGAGAGUCAUCUCAAAUAUCACCAGCGCAUUCACUCAGGAGAGAAACCGUAUCACUGCUCAGACUGUGGGAAGAGUUUUAAUCAUCAGAGUCGUCUCAAAAAACACCAGCGCAUUCACACAGGAGAGAAAACAAUCCCAAAUCUGUUCCACAGCAAUUAAAAGUGCAAAUCUUAAAUCUUUCGGACAGAACACCUUAUCCUACACAAAUGUUUCACUUUGUCUCUUGGGACACGUUCCACCAGUGGAUAUAGCGGGAUAUUUGGUUGUUGUAUUACUCAAGUUUUAUUCUAUUUUUCUUAUUAGUAGUGAUGGGUAGAUGAGGCGCCAUGAAGCGUUUCAACCCAUAGGGAACCUGUAUUGAAACUGUGUCGAAACUGUGUCAUGAAUACUCACACCUACUGGACCUUAAAAAUCACUAUAGGCAACCUAGUUGACGGACUAAUUUUAUUACCUAGUUUAUACAAAAUAUGCUUUGAGUAAUUUUAUUUUAUUGUAUAUAAUAUUAUUUCAUAUAUUCAGUUACAUUUAAAAUAUCAAUAAAUAACGUGAACAUGUAA